CCGCACAAAAAGUGAUUACGGAAGCAAGCUUAAUGAUUGGCUAACCUAGACACUCAUUCCCCGCAAUCCUAGAUCGAUAAAUCAUUGACGCCAUCUUAUGAUUUGUAAAACCGUAAUAGUCCGAAUCUACGAUCGUUGGAUUGUUCUAAUGCUUGUUGUGAAUCUCGUGCGUAGGAUAUCUUAUCGGAGUAUAUAUAGAGAGAGAGAGAGAGGGAGAAAGAGAGAGAUGGGUAUCUAGUAUGUAAGACAAACAUCUCAAUCUUACGAAAAGCCAUCUGUCGACCCAGCUACAUACCCAAGGUAACUGUAUCGAAUAAUCAAUCAAUCAUACAAUACAUAUUUGAUAAUCCCAUCCUCGUCUUCAUCUCAUCUCAUCUCCAUCCUCGUCUUCAUCUCAUCCCAUCCUUCAUCCUCACUCCAAAUAUCAGCCAUCAACCACCCCAAAACCCAGCAUCAACCAAACAAACAAUCCCACAACCCUCAUAAAUAAAUCCCCAUCCAUGGCAUCCGUAACAGGAAUCCCCGAAAACCCACGAGUAGCCACCGGAGAGCUCCAAAAUCCCCACGAAGCAGGUUAUGGAGAAGAAGAGCCCUUGCUCGGACGAGCAGGCGAUGCAUCACAGCAAGAAGGACGACCAUUAAUUUGGAACCUCGCACUUGGUAUUUUACUCUUCACCUUCUCAUCUAUAUCCCAAUGCCAAUCCCAAUCCCAAUCCCAAGCAAAACCCAUCAAAAACUAACCCUCCCUUCCAAAAACCCAGGAACCGCAAUAAUAACACAAACCGGCCUUCUCCUCCUCAUCGCCCACGUCUGGGCUAGUAUAUUCCUCUCCCCGACUGGUUUAAUCCUCUUUUCCGCACAUCCACUUCUCAAUUCCGGCGGACUCCUCUUCCUCACGCAAGGAAUCCUCAUUCUUCAACCUACGCAUACGGCGGCCCAGAAACGGCAGGGUACACUCACUCAUGCCGGGUUCAACUCUGUAGCAUUAAGCUUGCUAGUUGCCGGACUUGUUGUCAUUGAAGUAAAUAAAUUCGCGCAUAGAGGAAUUCAUUUUGAAUCUGCGCAUGCUAUUCGUAUGUACUCUAUUCAAUUGAUACCCUUCACCUAGCCUAACCUUAACCUUAACCCCAACCCCGUCAACCUCAUCAAAACCCAUCAACCCCCAACUAACCUCCUUCCCCCCUCCCCCCUCUUAGUCGGCCUAACAACCUACAUCCUCCUCCUCCUGCAAUCCCUAAUCGGCACAACCCAAUACUUCACCCCCACCCUCUACGGCACCCCAUCCCCCCAAAACGCCAAAAAAAUCUACAAAUACCAUCGAGCAAGCGGCUAUCUAAUUCUUCUCCUCAUGCUCGCUACUAUCGCCGCUGCUACAUGGACGCCUUUUAAUGAGAACGCGUUGCAUAUUAAGAGUUGGGCUGUGAUUUCCUGUGCGGUAUUGAUGCUUGUGGGGAUUGUGCCGAGGAUUAAGAAGCAGAAGUUGGGGUUGGGAGGGGGGAGUGAGGAAUUGAGGUAUUGAGGGGAAAAUCCCUUGUGAGGUUUGGCUUGAUUGAGUUUGAGUUUGAUUUGAGAGAGAGAGAAAUACUCCGUUAGUAUGGUAUGCGACCUUUGUCGGCUACGUAAUAUGUAGCAUGUGUGUAGUUAUCGACGCAAUACCUUUUACCAUUUGAAAAUUGGGGGAAUAUGGGUAUUUGCUUCUUUGCUUCUGCUUCUUUGCUUCUUUUCUUCUUUAGCUCUUUAGCUCUUUAGCUCUUUAGCUCUUUAGCUCUUCAAAGGGGCCGGCGUUGUACCUUAUGAUAUGAUAUGAUUCCUUAAUUAAUACACGAAUUACACGAAUACACACACGAAUGCAUACGAAUAAAUUUCACAGGUACUUAACAAGAGACAAU